UCCGUCGAGAAAAUAAAACAAACUGCAGACCACUCAGACCAGAGAGUCAAGAGUAGAGAGAGAGAGAGAGAGAGAGAUAGAGAGGAAAUGGGGGAUUUAUACGCUUUGGAUUUUGAUGGAGUUUUGUGUGAUAGCUGUGGAGAGAGCUCCCUCUCUGCUGUGAAGGCUGCUAAAGUGAGAUGGCCAAGUUUAUUCAACGGUGUGGAUUCAACUUUGGAGGAUUGGGUUGUUGAGCAGAUGCACAUAGUGAGGCCUGUGGUGGAAACUGGAUAUGAGAAUCUGCUGCUUGUGAGGUUGCUGCUGGAGGCGAGAAUACCUUCUAUACGAAAGUCAUCGGUCGCGGAAGGGAUUACAGUGGAGGGGAUAUUGGAGAAGUGGUCAGAGCUGAAGCCUGUGAUUAUGGAAGAGUGGGGUGAGGAGAGGGAUGCUCUUAUUAAUCUUUUUGGAAAGGUCAGGGAUGAGUGGAUGGAUGAGGACCUAACAACUUGGAUUGGUGCAAAUAGAUUAUAUCCAGGUGUUCCUGAUGCUCUAAAAUUUGCGAGCUCAACCAUAUACAUUGUCACCACAAAACAGAGCCGAUUUGCUGAUGCUUUACUGCGAGAACUUGCAGGAGUUACAAUACCGCCUGAAAGAAUAUUUGGUCUUGGUAGUGGUCCCAAGGUAGAAGUAUUGAAGCAGCUUCAAAAGAAACCAGAACAUCAGGGGCUGAAACUGCACUUUGUCGAAGAUCGACUGGCAACCCUAAAGAAUGUGAUCAAAGAACCUGAAUUGGAUGGUUGGAAUUUGUAUCUAGGGGAUUGGGGGUACAAUACACAGAAGGAGAGGGAGGAGGCAGCUACAAUUCCCAGGAUUCGGAUCCUUGAGCUUUCUGACUUCAGUAAGAAGUUGAAGUAGCUGUGAAUGUAUUCAUUCAGUUAAACUGCACACGACAAACUUCGUUGUCGGAGACUUAGAAUCUUACAGUCAGAAAUUUUAUGUACUUCCUCUGUUGUAAUCUGUUGAACAGAAUUUGUCUCUUUUCAAACAAAGAAGCUGAGUAUUAUUGAAGUU